CUUGUGUGUUCACGUGUAUAGGUUCGUCCCAUUCACAUGAUUCCUCAGGUCAACAUCACCAACAUCAACAUGGUGGUGGACAAGCAAAGCGAAGUGCCAACAUGCAAGGUGUAUUUCUGCAUGUGCUAGCCGAUACACUGGGCAGCGUGGGAGUGAUUGUGUCCUCGAUACUGGUGGAGAAGUUUGAAUGGUACAUAGCCGAUCCGAUCUCAUCACUGCUGAUCUCGGUGCUCAUCGUGUUGUCUGUGCUGCCAUUGCUCAAGAGCUCGGCAUUGACACUCUUGCAGGGCACGGAAGAUGAUAUCCAGGAUCUACUCGCGCAUGCUAUUGACGAGGUGAAGGCUGUUGACGGUGUGGUGGGAUACCGUGAAGCACAUGGCUGGCAGCACAGUGGUAACCAAGUCUGCUGCACCAUCCAUGUCCAGGUCAUCGACAACGCCAACGAGCCGGCGCUCGUGCAUCAGAUUUCUAGCAUUCUGAAGCACCGCGGCUUCACCGAGACGGCCGUACAGAUCGAGAAGGAGGCGUUCUUCCGCCUGGCGCCGCCGCACAUCACGCGCAGCUUCUGCAUGCCGAACGGCGCGCAGGGCAUAUCACCACAGGCAUACGUGACAUAUGGGCCGUCAGGCAAUGCGGAGGCUCAACCGCUCACGCCUGAAGAUGCGCCGGAGUCCUUUGGCGUUGUCGUCAAUGUGUAGAAGCUGUGUUAGCAACUAGAGACACUCGCCAUUUCUCUACGUGCCACUGUGCUUUUCACCACCGUGCUGUCAGCGCACUUGUUUGAUACAUGCCCUCUGCAGCCAACCCAGGGCUUGACCAUAAUAUGACCCAGAGCUAACCUUGCUGUGAUGUGUCAUGCAGUGUUCCCAACAGCGCGUACUACUGUUUGCAUUGCACCCUGGCUCCUGGGUUCUCUGAUUCGCCCUGGCUCCUGGGUACUCUGCUUCACCCUGGCUCCUGGGUACUCUGCUUCGCCCUGGCUCCUUGGUACUCUGCUUCGCCCUGGCUUCUGAGUGCUCUGCUUCGCCCUGGCUCCUGGGUACUCUGCUUCACCCUGGCUCCCGGGUACUCUGUUUCACCCUGGCUCCUGGGUACUCUACUGCACCCUGGCUCCUGGGUACUCAGCUGUAGUACAUCGCAAACCGAUCUACUGGUGUUGUCAUGCGCUUUUGAGCAGACAUUGCGUGUCGAUUACCUGCCUCUGUUGCUGCUGCUGGCUAUGAUGGUGACAGGAAGUUGAGCGGAUGAUGCGUUGGAGAAUAACACGGAUGUCCCAAAGCAUCUUCUUCUUGUGCGACAUUGACUGUGUUCACGUUGCUAGUCAUGGAUGUUUGUGUCCACUGUCCGUCUCUCCACCAGGAAUGCUGCGUCACUGUGGUUCAAUUAGCCGGAUGCAUGGUGUUAUGCCCGCGCACGACGUGUCGAGAUGCGUUGUGACCAUGUGUGCGGAGUGCUCUUGUGACCGUGUGUGCGGAGUGCUCAUGUGGCUGUGCAUGUACUCUGCUGCACUGAUCCGGACUAUCACCAGAGCAGCAGCAGCUGCUUUUAAGCAACCACAGUAACGCUUCAUAUGCUGCCACUAUCACACAUUGUUGAGCUGUCGGCCAUGCCACAGCCUGCAGUGACCAGCCAGGAUAGCGAGUAGUAUAGCCUGUCUCAUUGUGCUGACUGGUCACUGUGUAUAGCCUGUCUCACUGUGCUGGCUGGUCACUGUGUAUAGCCUGUCUCACUGUGCUGGCUGGUCACUGUGUAUAGCCUGUCUCACUGUGCUGGCUGGUCACUGUGUAUAGCCUGUCUCACUGUGCUGGCUGGUCACUGUGUAUAGCCUGUCUCACUGUGCUGGCUGGUCACUGUGUCAUGUUAGUAGCCAUUCCCAUAUUCUGAUUACACUUAUUUCUCCACUGAUUGGAGUUGUGUACCAGUGUUGUACAUAUACACAGAUGGAUCAUGCUGAAUGACCCUCCCCCUCUCUUGGAAGCCUUGAUCCUGUACAUUAGAGCGAGCGUAUUCUGCGGAGCUCCGAGCUCCGUUAGAGUACCGCUUUGCUCAUGCCUUUCCGAGAGGUUUGUCUGUACACUUGGUAUGUUCAUGUUAUUCGUCUCACGUGUGCCAUUAUCCGCCACCGACGUAUCCGCUCUGCUGUAAAGAGGACGAGGGCAUGUGUACAUGCGCCGUCCGGGGCUCAGGGGCACCGGUUCCUUUGUAUAUUGUUGCUGCUGCUGCCACCGCUAACACCAUGUUUCAAAUAUACUCGUAGAAUCAUGGACAACUCUACAUAGACCUAUUGCACAUAUGCGUAUAUUUUAAAACUUUAGUUUUUCAUCUUCUGCUUUGUUUGUUCUGUAUAUAAUUGGUGUGAUGGGUAGUGAUGCAUGCUUGAUCAAGAUGCGUUUUUCUUUCUUUUUGCGCCAGUUUCUUUGUUUGCCGGUCUUUUUCCACAGAGCUGACGUAUUUUUUUUACAAUGGUAUGCUUGGAUCAUGCCGUCA